AAAAGUUCCCUCAGUUACGAACUUCGAAGCUGGAAUGGGAUAUGCUCUGAUUUUCGAUGUGAAAAUAUCUGAUAGCGGGUGACAACAGUCAUUGUAUUCUCUACUCAACGUGACAUUGCUCAUCUACCUUCGGUGAUUACUGCCAAUCACGCUCUCCAGAGAUACUCGAUCGUCACUACGCUCUCUGCGAAAGAAGCGCCCUCGUCGUCGUGUGCCUCUGUAGACCCUUGUCAACGUUCCCCACAGUUGAUAUGAGUCUCCAUGAUUCACCACAACGAGACUGUUGCUGUCGGUCUGGGAAACCGAAAAUGCCGCAUCGUACGUUGACACCGUCUCCGACCCUGGAUACGGACUCAGCACCGGUGGUUAAAAGGCGCCCAUCGGUGGGCUUGGGACCGACAGGCUUGGCCUUCCUCUGCUCUCGCCCCUACUUCGUUCGACUCCCCUCACACGAGCUAGUCUCGCCACCACAGCUAACUCUUUGAGAGAGUUCAACCUCUGCGAGGCCCACUAACAGAUCACCAAUCCACGUCAACCUUCAAACAAUCCCGAUCGAAGAAACUGAGCAAAGAUGGUUAUCCUCACCACACCUCUCCUUACUGCUAUCGCCGUUCUUUCCGCCGUCACAUCGGCCGCUCCUUCCCAAAGGCUCAAGCGCGACUCCUCGAUCAAUGAGCCCGCUUUCUCUGCCCCCAAUGGCGUGAUUGAGUCCGCCGCGGCGGCCCCGUCACCUGUUUCUGCCGGAUCUUCGUACGGCCCCAACAGCUACGGGUCCUCCAGCUCGAACAACUGGAACUCUGGCAACUACAACUCUGAUUCCUCGAACAACAACUGGAACCAGGCUUCGUCCAACAACAACUACGGCUCCAACAACAAUAACAACUACGGCUCCAGCUCGAACAACUGGGACCAAGGCUCGAACAACAAUAACAACAACAACUGGAACCAGGGCCCAAGCAGCAACAACAACAACUGGAACCAGGGUUCGAACAACUGGGAUUCCAGCUCCAGCGAUACAUGGAGCUCCACCUCGUCUGCUGACAACUCCUGGCAGACACCCGCCAACAACUCCUGGCAGAGCCCCGCUGACGACUCAGCGCAGUCAACCUCCACGACCACCUGGGUCGCGACCUCGACCGUCGAGGCCGCGUCUGCUACACAGACCUGGAGCUCGUCCGACAACUCCGGUAACUCCUGGGGCGACAGCAGCAACUCCUAUGGGUCCGGCUCGUCCAACUGGGGCUCGGACUACAACAACUGCGUCUCUCAAUGCCAGGCGCAGUGGGGUCUCCCUCCCCCUUCUACUACGGCUCCUCCGUCGUACGGUGGCUCUGGCUCCAGCGGCUCUUGGAACGGUGGCUCGGGCAGCGGCUCCGCUGUGACCCACACUGUCGUCGUCGCCCCGACUCAGGGUGUCCUUCGUUACAUCCCCUUCUCGAUCAACGCUUCGGUCGGUGACACCAUCUCCUGGCAGUGGCACGCUGGCCCCCACACGGUGACCAAGUCUUCCGAGUCCCUCCCGUGCAACAAGACCAUGGAUAACCCCUUCGCUUCCGGCAGUCAGAACGCCAGCUUCGUCUUCAACCAGUUGAUCAACGACACCGACCCGGUCUUCUACUACUGCGGUGUCCCAGGCCACUGCGCGAAGGGCAUGUUCGGCAUUGUCAACGCCCCCUCGACCAUCGAUGUCAGCACCAACCUUGAGUCGCAAAUCCUGGCACAGGCUGCCAACAACCCGACCAUGAGUGCGAUGGUCGCGAUGGUCAACAACAUGACAAUGGGCACGAGCGCUUACAAUUGGGGUGCGUCGAUGGACAUGUCCUCUGUCCCUCCCGAGAACCAGCAGAGCUUCAUCGAGAACGUCAUGUACACGCGUCUUUUCUACGCGGCCAACAACGGCUCCCUCGAAUCUGGCCUGGGCGCUUACUCCCCGUCGGGCGCUCUUGUCUGGCCCACCGACCUGUCCACUCUGAUGGCCAGCGCCAAUGUUGGUGCAGGGACCCCUGACAACACCUCGAGCUCUGCCGCUCCUGGGGCGAGUCCUUCGUCGGGCGCCUCCAGCAAUGCCUACGGCUCGAUGUCCACCAGCGGAGCCAACCACCGCAUGGCAUACUCCGGCGGCUUCCUCGCCGUCGCUGCUAUCGUGGCUGGCGCCUUCCUCGCGUGAUGUUAACCCUCCUAGCAGUUGCGAAAUCAAAGCUCUGAGCUCAUACCCCUAAUUGGACAAUGUUGUUUAUACGUUGUUGCUUUGGAUACUUCCGUUCUCAUGUUGUUGCCUUUGGACACUUUCCUGUUCUUCGUAGACUCUGCUUGUGCAGGUAGCCAUAUGUACGGACUGGCAGUCUCUCCUUCCUUACCCAUAAUCUACGUAACUUUCGUUCCCAC